AUGAAAUCAUUCUUUUUAGUUAUACUUUUCUUUCCAUCUUUCUUAGCUUUACCUACUCCAUUCAUCAAAUCACUAAGAUUCCAAACCGAUCGACCAACUUCAAUCAGACUAGCCAGACGUCAUUUACUACAAACAAUCUUACCAGAUCAUCAAGAAGUUCAUCAAACCCGUCUUCAUAAACGAGCCUUUAGUCGAAUGAGUCAAGCAAUUUUACCAGGUAUGAGAAGUGGAGCUCAACAUUUAGAUGCAACAAAUAUGAUACCUACUAGUGCUAUCAGUACUUAUGGUAGAUUGAUGGAUGGCUUUACUGUUCCUACUAACUUUGUUGUUAAAGAUGAUGUUUUUAAUCAAGCUGUCAAACUUAGACAGAUGGAUGACACUUUCGAUAUAUAUGAUGGUUUUCUACCUCAGCCAGGAUUAAAUGUUGGUCAACUUUUUUUGUUUUGUUUUGUUGGAAUCUUUUGUCUUCCUUCAAAAAGCUGA